AUGUUCACUUCCCGCCUCACUAUUUUUGCCCUACUCACCUUCCUCGCUGGCGUCAACGCGGGAUGCGCAACGUGUCCAGAAACGUUGGAUGUCGACGGUGUAGCGACCUACGAACUAGUGAGCAACUAUGUGAAGUCCGAAAACGGGUUCACAGAGUGCAGUUAUACGGAUAAGAAAGGUGACGAAGUGACCUGCGAGUAUGCGGUACGUAAUUUCUGGACACUGAGCGGCUCAUCGUUCUCGUUUGACACGUUGGAUGGUCAUCAGGAUAACGGCUUGUUAGAGGACGGGGAUUCAAAGUGUCCAGGAUUGUCAAGGAAGGAUGAUUAUGGAUGCUAA